AAGGAAAGCUGGAGGCCACUGCAGCUUCUGCCACCUGGUGCUCCCAAGGAGGCCAGUCAUUCAUUCUCAGCAGCCGCCUCUGCCCCCAGACUGAAGGCUGGACUGUUGGAGCCGUGUGGGGGAGCUUCAGGAAGCAUGUGGGGGAUUGUCUCUCUCGACGUUUUGGCCUUUGGCUCCUUGCUGGCAGCUUUCUGGGUUGAGGGCAGCCAGCGGAGGGCACUAGAGGCCGGGAUCCGCCGGAGAUCCCACCGGGUUCAGCACGGGCGCUGCAGUUACACCUUUGUCCUGCCGGAGGCCGACCUGCCCCCUUGCCAGCAUCCCGGGGAGACCUUCAACCUCAACGCUCUGCAGAGGGACUCCCCCCUUGGUCCUUCGCUACGGAGCACCGACCAGUCUGCCCAGCGAGUCCAGCAACUGGAGAGGGUCUUGGAGAACAACACGCAGUGGUUGCUGAAGCUGGAAAGCUACAUCCAGAUGAAUAUGAAGUCGGAGAUGGCGCAGAUGCAGCAGAAUGCAGUCCAGAACCAGACGGCCACCAUGUUGGAGAUCGGAACGCAUCUCCUGAACCAGACAGCGGAGCAUACCAGAAAACUGACAAACGUGGAGGCUCAGGUGCUCAACCAGACCUCUCGCAUUGAGCUUCAGCUCCUGGAGAACUCGCUGUCCACAAACAAGCUGGAGACACAGCUCCUCUUGCAGACCAGCGAGAUCCAGAAAUUGCAGAGGCGAAACAGCAUUUUAGAGACUCGAGUCCUGGAGAUGGAGACCAAACACUUGAUGGAGCUGGAGGGGAUCCGGGUGGAGAAGGAGCAGCUCCAGCAGCUCGUGAACCACCAGAGCUACACCAUUGAGGGCCUGGAGAAGACGCUGCUGGCCGCCAACGGCAACAGCAGCCUCCUCCAUCAGCAGCAGCUUCAGCUCCUGGAGUCCGUCCAGAAUUUGGUCCAGCUGGUCUCCCAAGGCCAAGUUCCAUUGAAGAAGCAAGACCAGCUGUUCCAAGACUGUGCAGAAAUUCAGCAGUCGGGACUCAACCUCAGCGGGGUUUAUGCUCUCCAUAUCCAUAAUCUGACAGAGGCCAAAAAGGCCUAUUGCGACAUGGAGACAGAAGGUGGUGGGUGGACAGUUAUCCAGCACCGCAUCAACGGCAGUGUCAGUUUCCAGCGGAACUGGAAGGAGUAUAAACAGGGCUUCGGGGAUCCCGCCGGAGAAUAUUGGUUGGGUAAUGAAGCAGUCCAUCUCCUAACCAAUCAGGGAGCCUAUUCCUUGAAAGUGGAGCUCCUGGACUGGGAAGGGAAUCGCGCCUAUGCCCAGUAUGAGAAGUUCCAGUUGGGGAGCGAGCGUCAGCGAUACAGGCUUUCUUUGAAAGGCUACAAGGGCACCGCUGGGCAGCAGAGCGGCUUGGUCUUCCAAGGGACCAGCUUCAGCACACGAGAUUCGGAUAACGACAACUGUAUGUGCAAAUGUGCCCAGAUGCUUUCCGGCGGUUGGUGGUUUGACGCUUGUGGACUCUCAAAUCUGAACGGCAUUUACUAUCCAGCCAGACACAACGUCCGGAAGCUAAAUGGCAUUCGCUGGCAUUACUUCCAGGGGCCUGGUUACUCAUUAAAAAGCACACGGAUGAUGAUCAGGCCUUCAGGCGGGCGUGAAGGGGCAUAGCCGCACAUUUCCAUGCUGCAUUUCCUCAGAGACUUUCCAGGGGUAUGCUCAGAAAUAUCUUUGGCUCCUGACAGGUGCAACUGAGCAACUGCAGACACUGCUGGAAUAAGGCUCUGCAGAAGGAAGACAGAGUUCUGCAGAGAAAGAAUGCAAUUGUUAUUUUUAAGAUAACCUUCCGUUCGCUCUUGGGCUUCCAAGGGAAAAUUGAAAGAAGACACUGCUCUAUAUGUUAAAGGCAAAAUCUGACCUAUGGGGAAAAAUGUGCCACUUUCACCAGAUAAGAUGGGAAGAGGGAGGGCUGGGUGGCUAAACCCAGAAAAACCCUUCACAAAUGUUCACGUUUGGACAAAUUGAAGCAGUUGCUUGCCUUGAAAGAUGGAAGAAGGCCAACUUUGCUCAUGUUUGCUCCCUGCUGGUUGAAUUGUGCAACACACCUCUUGACUUUGCUUCUAAAGAGGAGGUGUGAAUCAUCAUUCUUGGCUUUACGGGCAUUUUCUUCCAGGAACUCUUGCUAUGCGCAGGACAGUGAAUGAUAUUUGGAGUGUCUGAAUAGUCUCAGUGACUGUGACGGGAAUAAGGAUUGAUCCUCUUGACUUAAUCACAGAGUGUGCUUAUUUUCUUUGCAACAGACUUUUGAAACAUCUCUGCUCCCUGCUCGUUUCAGUUUUCACACUUUUCCUUCAUCAAAUUUCUUUUUCUUGCUCUGUAGAGCAGUAGUAAGCUGGUAAAGUAGCAAGUCGCAAUUUGUGGGGAAAGAUGUUGACAAUUCCGGAAGGAUGUGGGAGGCAGGGCCUUCUCUUUUAAUGGCAUACCUAGAAUAGAGAUGGGCACGAACUAAAAUACGAACCAAAAUUAAGCACGAACCAGGCCGGUUCGUGGUUUGUGAACCGCGGUUAGUCAGAUCCCAUUUCUGACGAACCACCACGAACUUUAGGCUGGUUCAUUUGGUUCAUUUUUUGGUUCAUGGCUGCAGACAGCCUGGGGCCAAUCAAUCAGUUUCCUAGGUAACAGGGGAUAGACUUCCUGCAGACCUUCUGCUGACCCGGAAGUGACCUUCUGCUGACCUGGAUGUGAUGUUUUCACGAACCAAACAAACCUGUUCGUGAACCAGGGGCAGGUUUGUAAAAGUUCAUGGUUUGUGGUUCGUGAAAUUUGACAAACCAUGAACCGCAUGGUUCGGUUUUUUCCAGUUCAUGCCCAUCUCUAACCUAGAAGCAUGUGUUGAAAGAUGCGCUUGUAUAUUGCAAAUGCCAAACAUGCGAAGAAGUGUUUGUAGAAGAUGUGGUAAGUAUGAAUGGGUGAAGUAACUUUUUACUUUGAAAUGUUCUUUGUUUUUCCUGUUUGGGGGUGUUCAUUGCUACAGGGGAUAGACAUCCUUUGUGAUAAAAAGCAAAGAGGAUUUUUGUGGCACCUUCAAAGUAAGCAUUUGUUGUGAACAUUAGUGGACCAUGAAAAGCUUACGUAGAUGCUCAUCUUUAAGGUGCCACAGGACUUCUAUUUGCAUUUUUUCUAGUGUCACAAAUUUCCACAGAAAAUGCAUCUUUCUGAUUCCACCUUCUCCCAUGUGCGCAGUAGUUUCCUCCAACUAGCCAGUGUCCUGGACAGUCGGUCUUGCCAUGUCAGCUGUACUGCAUCAUGGGUUUUGUGAUCUACAGUAUGCCUGGCCCCCUGAGGGCCCUUGCCCGUACCUGGCUCCACCAGCAGUCUUCUAGCCCUUCCAACACUUUAUACAAUGUAAGGCUUAGUCUUAUUUUAUGAAGGCCCCUCCUGGUAGAUGAGAAGCAAUUUUCCAGGCUCUUGUGGGUGGGGGGAGGUCUGGGGACUGGACUAGAUAACGUGAUUAUCACUGAGACUCCUGCUCCAGAUCAGCUAGGCUAACGGGGGAAAUCCAGCCUCCAAAAUGAAAAUGUUGCUAUCAGACUACAGAAUGCAUGAGGCAGUGUGACAGCGAGCAAGAGGGCGACACUGUGUAUCUCAAGAGAGAAUCUGCAGAAGGCAUGUGCGUCUGUCCCAGAAGGCAGCGGAGGGAAGAAAGAGAUGGUGACUUUUUAGGUUAUGAACUCAGCCCUGGUGACAGAAACAUCAUUGAUCUGGGCAAAAGUUAUGUUGAUUUUUUGUUCUGUACAACACCCGGCACACCAAUGGCACUGAAUAAAUGUUAACCAGCAG